ACACUCUCAUGUGAUCUGCUGGGGUGAUAUCCCUCCCCUUGUUGGAGAGUGUACGUCGCUGGAUUCAGCCCCUCAACGUCCAUCAGCGACAUGACAUGACAUGACCCUGGCCUGCGGUCCUUGCUCCCUGACAGAGGCUUGACGUCGGAUGCGGUUGCGACUCGCUCGGACACUUGCAGCCAAAGCAGCAGCGCGGUAGUGAGGCUCCUCUGGCAUCUAUGGUGUGAGGCGCUUCCACAGGGAGGGAGGGAGGGAGGGAGCGGCGCCGCCUCCACAGACGUCAGCGCCGGCGCCGGCUGGGCCUUGAGCAGCGGAGGCCGCGGUCGGUCGGCGGGUGACGGACGGACGGACUGGAGACUAGGCCUUGGGCAGCGGCCGUUGCCGGGGUGACGGACGGACGGACGGACGGCGGCCGGGCCUUGAGCAGCAACAUCCGCGGUUGUCGGACAGCUGGUGGCCGGGCCUUGAGCAGCGGGUUGUCGGACAGCUGGUGACCGGGCCUCGGACAGCGGGUAUCAGGGAGUCCGACGGCCGGUGGUCGGCUCCGGGCGGGCCAUGUGGGAGAGAGUGCGAGGCCCGUGGCUGCUGCGCCUCUGUCUGCUGCUAUGGGCCGGGGAUGCGGUGCCCAUCUUACCGGCGGUGGGGGUGCAGCCCGACCCGGGGCUGCGGCCCAACAGCACCAACACCUCCAACACAACGACGCAAGGGGACAAGGCCAGGACGGACGGCGGCUACAACACGGUGCCCGGCUCCGAGCAGACCAUGAUGAUCCAGCGGGCACUCUGUGUGCUGGUCGUGGUCACCGCCCUGGUGGUCAUCUACUUCGUGGUGAGGACCAUCAGGAUGAGGAGAAUUAACAGAAAAAACCGAAAGUAUGGUAUACUGAAAACUAAUAUGGAAAACAUGGAAAUGAGGCCAUUAGAUCAGGAGGAUGAAGAAGAAGAUGAUACAUUAUUUGAUGUACAUCAUUCAAGAAGGUGA